GAUACAACAAAAGUAUUCUCUUAUUAUACCUUCUUAAAGAUAUGGUUGAAUAAGAAGUUACUCGAAAAAUUUAAGAAUAUUGAAUAAAAUAAAUUUUAAAAUAAUAUGAAAUCUGCAACAAAACGUAAUUGUGAUGAUUCGCGUAGUCCUCCAUCACAUUUAAGGGGACGUGAACUUGGUUUAUAUUAUAAACAAUUGUCCAAGGAAAAGAGGGCCGACGAAACAAGCAAGAAGGUUGUUGGAGGACGUAUAAUAUUACCAGAUGAAUUUAUUCAGCAAAUAGAGGAUCAACUAAAUGCAAUUGAACAAGAAAAUUUAUGCAAAAAAAUUAAUUUAAAUUUUGAAACAUAUUUUAAUGAAAUUAUUAAUUCUUCAUUCCAAGAAUGUUUGAAAGAAAAAAGUCAAGAGCUUAAGGAAUUAGUGCCAUUUGGAACUUUUUCACCCCAGGAUCAUGUUGAUAGAACUUUGACGGAAAUGCAUUUAAAAUUACCAGUAUUUAAUUAUUCAGAACAGAUUUUAAAAUCUUUAUCAGAAAACACAUUUGUUUUAAUAAGUGGCGAUACUGGUUGUGGAAAAACAACCCAGAUACCACAAAUAAUUUUAGAUGAUUAUAUUAAGCGUGGUUACGGGUCUUAUUGCAAUAUUAUAUGUACACAGCCUCGUCGAAUAUCUGCUAUAAGUGUCGCCGAACGAGUAGCAUUUGAGCGUUCUGAAAAAUUGGGUAAAAGUGUUGGUUACCAAAUUCGUUUGGAAAAUCGUUUUCCACGUUCUUGUGCAUCAAUACUCUACUGUACGACGGGAGUUUUAUUGCGCCGCCUUGAAACAGACCCAUUGUUAUCGAAUGUUUCUCAUGUAAUUUUGGAUGAAAUCCAUGAAAGAAACAUUGAAUCAGAUAUAUUAAUUGGGCUAUUGAAACAAAUAACAAAGUAUAAUAAAAAACUUAAGGUAGUUUUAAUGAGUGCGACUUUUGGAAUAGAAGAUUUCGCAAAACAUUUUAAUGAUAGUAAUAUAAUCCAAAUAGAAGGAACUUUGUUCCCUGUUAAAGUAAAUUAUCUAGAAGAUGUUCUUGAAGAAAUAAAAUUUUUCAAAUUUCCUAAUCCUAAAUCAUUUUUGAAAGAUAAACCUAAAUACGUAAAGCAUUUGAAAAGCACAAAAAAUCAACUUAAAAAACAAUCAGAUUUUGAAGAUUUUAUCAAUCCAUACGCUCGAAAUUUGAGAGGAGAGUACUCUCCAGAAGUUAUUAAAGCUAUACAAAAUCCUACUUCAGAAGAGAUUAAUUUAGAUAUGCUCAAAGCGCUGGUUUUUUACAUCGAUAGCAAAAAGGACCCUGGUGCAAUUCUAAUUUUUUUUCCUGGAUAUGAAAAGAUAUCAAAAUUUCAUGAAAUUUUAAGAACUUCCCAAAGACGUAGUCAUAUGUUGAUAUAUCCAUUACAUUCUAUGAUGCCAACAUUAGAACAAAAGGGUGUGUUUGAAAAGCCACCAGACGGAAUGCGAAAAAUAAUAUUGGCGACAAAUAUAGCAGAAACUUCUAUCACCAUUGAUGAUAUAGUAUAUGUUAUUAACACGGGAAAAGUAAAAUAUAAAGAUUACAAUAUAUCCCGAAAUUAUUCAACUCUUCAAGAACACUGGGUUACAAUUGCUCAUUCAAAACAAAGGCAAGGUAGAGCCGGUAGAUGUCAACCUGGUAUAUGUUAUAAUCUUUAUACAAAAGCAAGAGAGUACACUUUGGAAGAAUAUCCGCUACCAGAAAUUUUACGAUCCCGAUUAGAACCCGUUAUUUUAAAUUUGAAAAUGUUAAGAAUUCACGAUGUUAAAGAAUUUAUGUCAACUCUGAUUAGUUGCCCACAAGAAGCUUCUAUUGACAAUGGUAUAAAACUGCUGAAACGGCUAAAUGCACUUGAUGAAAAUGAAAAUAUUACACCAUUGGGAUUACAUUUAGCGAAAUUGCCUCUUGAUCCUCAAAUUGGUAAAAUGAUUUUAAUGGCCGCCAUUUUCCAGUGCAUUGAUCCUAUUACGUCUGCUGCAGCAACAUUGUCCUUUAAAGAUCCAUUUUACAGACCAAUCGGCAAAGAAUCUGAAGUUGACAGAGCUAAGAAUAAAUUUUCUGAGUCAUCCCAAAGUGAUCAUUUAACUUAUGGCAACGUUAUUAGUGAAUUUAGAAAACACAGAAACAAUUCAACAUUUUUAUAUGACAAUUUUUUAGCAUUUUCAACAUUAAAUCAAUUAGAACAUAUGAAAACCCAACUUUGUGAACUCCUUCAUUCUGCGGGUUUUAUAAAUCAUUCAGAUCCACGAAAUGAAAUUUCAAAUGCAAACUCUUCCAGAGAUCAUUUGUUGAGAGCAAUUAUUGCUGGUGGCCUUUAUCCAAACGUCGCUGUGAUAAGAAAAGUAAAGCAGUUAAAGAAUCGUGUUACUCCUGUCAUGCAUAUUGAGACUCCUGAAGAUGGUGUUAAAGUCAAAAUCCAUCCAUCAUCAGUGAAUUCAAAAGAAAGAAGUUUCGACUCGAAAUUUUUGGUAUUUUUUAAUAUACAAAAAUCUACAGAUGUUUUUUUGCAUGAUACAACAAUGGUAUAUCCAAUAUCCCUAUUGAUUUUUGGAGAUCAAGUCGCAAUAAAAAGAGACGGUGUGGAUGAUAAAAAGUGGUAUAUUAAUAUGGCCAAUAAUUCUUAUCAAUUUGAGAGUAAUGAGAAAACAGCUAAAAUUAUUUUAAAACUGCGUAAUCGUUUUGAUGUGCUUUUGAGAGAUUUGGCUUUAAACCCUACUGUUAUAAGUGACGAUAAAGGAAGAGAUAGAAAUUUAAUUGAUGCUAUGGUUAUGAUUUUAGCAUAUGAAAGUGGCAGUGAAGACAACUACGAGUAUAGAUAG